AUGUCGAGCAGCCAGAGCCCGGGCUACCGGCUGCCGGCGUCGUCGGCGUCGUCGGCGGCGUCCCCCGGCUCCUCGCAGCCGCAGCCGCAGCCGCGCAGCGGGGGCGUCGUCGAGGUGACGCGCGCCGACUCCAGCUCGUCGCCGCACCACCACCACCAUCACCACCACCACCACCACCACCACCAGGCGGGCCACCAGCACGGCCAGCAGCACCACGCGCACGGGCACGGGCAGGCGGCGCACAAGCUGGCCGGCUACUUCCUGUCGCAGUCGGGCGGCCACGACGCCUGCGACGGCAGCGACGACGAGCUGGCCGACCUGCCGUCGUGCGCGUUCGCGGCGCGCAGCUGCGGUUCCGGACUGAAGCGCAUAUGGUCUGAAGAUAUACCUCCAGGCGGUUUCUACCCGGCGGCGGGCGGCGGCGGCGGGGGCGGCGGCGGCAGCCCGUACCGCAUCCAGCGGCACGCCGCCAACAUCCGGGAGCGCAAGCGCAUGUUGAGGUCAGGCGGCAAAAAGCCGCCAAUUAAAAUCAGCAUCAACUCGGCGUUCGACGAACUGCGCGUGCACGUGCCCACGUUCCCGUACGAGAAGCGGCUCAGCAAGAUCGACACGCUGCGGCUGGCCAUCGCGUACAUCGCGCUGCUGCGUGAGGUGCUGGCGGCCGACUGUGACCCGCUCACCUACGUGGAGCGCUGCCUGCGCGGCGAGGUGAAGGCGGCCGAGCGCGCAGAGUGGAACACCAGCGACCUGACGGCGCGGCUGUCGUGGAUCAACUGGGAGAACCUGGGCGUGAACCCGUCGCGGCGCGGCGUGCUGACCACGCUGACCCUGAGUGCCGACUCGCUGCAGCACUGA